GCGCGGCCGCCAUUUUGUUCGUGAGGGAAAGAGAGAGAAGGAGGAAGCCGUCGUCGUCGUGAGGAGGAGGAGGAGCAGCCGCAUCUUUUCCCCGCCGCCGUCGGGAGCGUCGCCGCGGGCCUUCGGUCGGCCCACCCCUCCCCAGCCCCUGCUCUCUCUGCCUCUCUUGCCGUGGGGGGUGGGGGAAGAGAGAGGAGCGCCCCGCCAGCCAGCCAGCCAGCCAUGCCCUCCUCGCCGCUCCGGGUGGCUGUGGUUUGCUCCAGUAACCAAAACCGCAGCAUGGAGGCCCACAAUAUCCUCAGCAAACGUGGUUUCAGCGUCCGAUCGUUUGGUACCGGGACUCACGUCAAGCUGCCAGGACCUGCCCCAGACAAGCCCAACGUUUACGAUUUCAAAACGACAUACGAUCAGAUGUACAGUGACCUGCUUAGGAAAGACAAAGAACUCUAUACACAGAACGGGAUUUUGCACAUGUUGGACCGAAACAAACGGAUCAAACCCCGUCCGGAAAGAUUCCAGAAUUGCAAAGACGUCUUCGAUUUGAUCUUAACGUGCGAAGAAAGAGUUUAUGAUCAAGUGAUAGAAGAUUUAAAUUCUAGAGAACAGGAAACAUGUCAGCCUGUACACGUAAUAAAUGUGGACAUUCAAGAUAAUCAUGAAGAGGCAACUCUGGGCGCCUUCCUUAUCUGCGAGCUGUGCCAAUGUAUACAGCACACGGAAGACAUGGAAAACGAAAUAGAUGAGCUAUUACAAGAAUUUGAAGAGAAAAGUGGGAGGACUUUUCUGCACACAGUCUGUUUUUAUUAAAAAAAAACAAAAACAACCAACCAAUUCAGACAAACAAAUCCAUCUCCUCCAGGCCUUACUGCAAACAAAAGAGGCAUGUUUUAGUUUCGACCCAACGGGACAAUUAUUAUUUUUUUUUCCCUCUUCUCCUUUUGGAAAGCGAACGUCCAACCCAAACUCACUUUCUCGUUGCUGUUUUAAUUUCCUUCGGCCCACUGUAUAUUUUUUUAAAAAAAUUUAUUGAUAUUAUUAUUAUUAUUAUUAUUUGCAGUGCAAGGGAGGCGGUUUCUGUACAGGGAUGCAAACGAACUCUGCCGAGAAAAACGGAGGGGGGAAAAGAAAGAAAAGAAAAAAAAAAAAGAACUUGAAUCUCCCUCGAGUCUGGUUUAUUUAAGAGACUGAACAGAUCAAGAUUUGUUUUAAUCCCCCUCUCCCCUGCCCCUUUCCCCUUCCACCCUGGCUACCUUACUUGAAUGGUUAUAAGUAGGGUUUUAAUUAUUCAAAGACUGUUUUCACAAAAGAUAUCAUUUCUACGUGCCAGUAUAAAAUCUUAACGUUAUUUCGGUUGGUCGCUUUAUUGGGGGCGGAUGGGGCGGGGGAGAUAAACUGAGCGGCUGGAAUAUGGGGAAAGAUUUGACUGGAGCCAGUGCAUAUCUUGUAUAAUAGUAGCAAUGAAAUUGGAAUCCUCUAAUAAAUGCAAAUCACAAUCUA